AUUUUAGGAAUCUGAUUUGCAAUUGUUGUUGACACAUUCAACAUUUGGUUGGGUAAUAAAGAGUGAAGACAUUGUUCCGUUGAGAGGAAACUGGACAGACUUUACAGACCCCUUUCAAGCACGUCACUUUUUUAUAUAUGGACUUUCUUACUAAUAAUGCUACUCGCAAGAAGGAACACGUCCGAUGGCCAGAUGAAACUGGGAGUGGUGUGUUAGAAGUAGUCCAUCUUAUUGAAAGUUUGGAGUAUGGCCUUCAAGAAGAAGAAGAAGAAAAUAUUUCUGAGGAAGACUUGUUAGAGAAAGAAGGAAAGGAAGAACCAAGGUGGGAAAACAACUCAAAAGGUGAAAAGGUAGCUAGGGCCACAAAGUAUGCCUUUGCUGCAAGUCUUGGAGGUGAAGCCUUCCCUGGCAAAUCUCGAUUAGAGGAAAUGGUGAGAGAAGAUAUGUUGAAGAGAGGACCUAUACACGAAGAAGUGGGUACCUUGGAAGCAGAAACAGAAGUGUUUGAAGAGUUUGUUUUGAGGCAACCGUCACACGUUUCAAGGUACAAGAGGACUGAGAAGGACGAUGUGCAUAAAAAGUUAGCGGAAGCGUUGGAAGAACUCUCUAUUGUUCGAGAUGAAUUGAUAAGUGCAAAUGAGAAAGUUGGCAUUCAACAAAAGAGGAUAUUCGAAUACGAAAGUAUCUUGAAAGAAAAGGACAAUGAAAUAAGUGGAUAUAUUAGAGAGAUAGAAGAGAAGAAUCGUAUUAUUGAGUUCUUAAUACGCAGGAGUGGAGAGUCCGAAAAUCUGAUGGCUAUGGUAAAUGGAAGAAGAUGGAGCGACUUGUUAGACACCAGAAAUAGUUUGACUAGUCGAAGGGAUAAAGUUCAUCGGGAGCUUAUUGACAGUCCACGUUCAGUCGCCUUAAUGGGUGGUCACUCACGUCUGGAGGAUUUGAGAAAUAAUACUGUUGGAGCGCCAGUUGUUCCUGUCGUUAAAGCUGCAGAAAGUCGAGAUAGUUUCACCAAAUCUGCAGUUUUUUCUUCGAAAAUUGGUGUUAAUAGACUUCAGGAACUUAAACACAAGUGAUGUAAAAUAAACAAGGAUUAUUAUUG